AUGGUGAACAAGUCCUCCUCGGCGGUGGUGGUUCACGCCGGCGAGCACCUCUUCAAGGUCGUCGGCCACUCGCUGAUCAUGGACAGCAACACCAAGCUCACGUCCGACACCUUCCGCGUUGACAGCGGCCUCAAGGAGGACCUGACCGUCAGGAUCGGCUGGUUCAAGAGAUUCAAGGUGCAUGCGUGCGUGCUCGCUGCGAGAUCGCCGGUCUUCCGAGCCCAGCUAUGCGGCGCCAUGAUGGAGAGCAGAGAAAGCAGCAUCCGCGUCGAGGACAUGGAUGCCAAGGUUUUCGAGAUCCUGCUGCAUUACAUGUACAAUGAUCGUCUGCCAGAGUCCAUGGACGAGACAACGGAAGAGACCACGAACAUGACGCGGCAUUUGCUCGUCGCGGCUGAUCGUUACGCAAUGGAAAGGCUAAAGCUGGUGUGCGAGAGCAGGCUGAGCAAGGGGUUAGAUGUCAACACGGUGAGGUUCACCUUGGAUCUUGCAGAGCAAUACCAUUGUCAGCAGCUCAAGGAUUGUUGUCUCAGGUAUAUGACAAGUGACGGUGAGAGAUCACGGGACAUCGUAAACACCAAGGGGUUUGCUCAACUAAAGCGAAACCAACCACGCGUCGCAUUCGAUAUUCUUGGACAAGUUAUGGCCUUAGUGGCAACUUAG